CUAAAGUGUAUAGUGUAUACAAAUAGUUAAAUUAAGAUGACGGGGAAGAAGAUUAUUGCUUUUUUAACGCUUGUAAUGGUUUUAGGCUUGCAAGCUGUGACAACAUUGGAUGCACGUCAAAUUGAUGACAUCAGUUGCUCUGAGGCUAUUGUUUUAUUGGUGCCAUGUGUACCUUUUUUGACAGGAUUAGGCCAACCAACACCAUCUACUUCCUGUUGUGAAGGAGCACAAAAUUUAAAUCAAAAGGCGGACACCACUCAGGUUCGACGUGAUGUUUGUGAAUGUCUCAAAGGAGCUUCAAUGAAAUUUGGCGUUAACUCGGACAGAACAAAACAACUCCCACAACUUUGUAACAUUAGUCUUUCUUUUUCUAUUGAUCCUAGUAUUGACUGCAACACGUAA